CUUCCUGACAAGUUAAUUCCCAGCCUGGUGAAAUAUUACUACUCUUGGAAGAAGACCAGAAGUCGGACAAGCGUGAUGGAUCGCCAAGCCCGCAAAUUGCUCAGUAGGAAAGAAAAGGACGACAGCAACGAUGAAUUAGAAGACCCCCGGCAGGCCAGUGAAGGGGAAUUCGAUACCAUGGAUCCCAAGAAGGAGCCCCCCAGCAGCAAACCUGGGCCCAUGAAGAAGGAGGUGCAGCUGCCCCAAUAUCGCCAUCAUCCUCUCCGUGUUCGCCGGCGCCCCCCGAAGGGCAUGUAUCUGAGCCAAGAAGGUAUCACGGGACUUUCCACCAGCCCUGACGUGGCCCUGCUCACCUUGCGCCACCUGGACUCCCAGCUGGUUUCGCUCAAACGCCAGGUGCAGAGCAUCAAACAGAUCAACAGCAGCAUGAAGCAGGCGCUUGGCGAGGGGAUACACAAACUGCGUCCAACUGAGACUAACAUCAAGUUCAACUCCCGCUGGACGACCGAUGAGCAGCUGCUGGCAGUGCAGGCCAUCCGGAAAUACGGCAAAGACUUCCAAGCCAUCGCUGAAGUGAUCAGCAACAAGACGGUGGCGCAGGUGAAAACCUUCUUCGUCAGCUACCGCCGGCGGUUUAACUUGGAGGAGGUGCUGCAGGAGUGGGAGGCGGAGCAGGAAGGCCUGAGUCCAGGCCCCGCCCGCGGCAGCUCUCCCCCCCAGGAGCAGAAGAGCAGCAGCGAGGAAGAGGACGAGGUCCAGAUCACCGCUGUAUCGCGAUCUGUGCCGCCGCCUCCAACCCAGCCGCCCCAGCCUCCUCCUGCGCUUCCCCCCCUCCCCGCCUCCCCCCGGCCUCCCCCCGUGGCACUCUCCCAGCCUCCCCCUUUGCUGAGGCCCACCCUGCCGACCGCACCCAUGCUGCACCGCCAGCCGCCCCCCCUGCAGCAAGGCCGCUUCCUGCAGCCCAGACUUUCGGUCAACCAGCUGCCGCCUCCGCUCAUCCGGCCCGCGGGGUCUCGCCAGGCCGCGCAGCGGGGAGCCCAGCACCCCCCAACGCUGCUCAGCGGGACGGGCGAGCCACCCCCUCUGCCCUCCUUGGGGUCCCUCUGA